AUGAUUCUCGUGAUCAGUGCAGCGGGCGGUGUCGGACGUCCUCUAGUUCGCAAGCUCAUCUCCAACGGGCUCAAGGUGCGCGCCUUUGUCAAGAAUGAGGAACAAGCCCAGCGAGCGAAAGCAGAUGGCGCAACCGAAGUCGUGAUCGGAGACCUCCGUCGACCUGGCGACCUUGAGAACGCGUUGCGCGGAGUCCACCAGGUUUAUCACUGCGCCCCGACUCAGCUUAUUGACGAACUGCCCGUGGCUGAACGACUGAUCGCGGCAGCCCGAGCCGAAAAGUUAGAUCACGUUGUCUUCCAGUCCGUCAUACACCCCGAUAUCGCCGAACUGCCACAUCAUCGGCAGAAACUACUGGUCGAGAGGCUGUUGAACGAGUCCGGCUUGCCAGUAACGAUUCUGCGUCCCUCGCACUACAUGCAGAAUGUGCUGGAUUUCUGGGACUUCUUCGGCGCCGGGCUUCUUCCAUAUCCCACCUCACCAGAGAGCCGAAUGGGUGUAGUGGAUUCGGACGACGUCGCUGUUGCAGCGGCCAAUGUGUUGACUCGACCAGAGGGCCACAUCGGAAAGACCUAUGACCUGUCUAGCGUGGAACUCACCCGCAAUGACAUGGCGCAGAUCUGGAGUCGGGUUCUCGGGCACUCGGUGACAGCUAUGCGCUUACCACCGCAGACGAUAACACAGCCUCUCGCUGCCGCUGGACCGUUCGGUGCAGCGGUAUUCCGCGUUUUGCUCUCGAGAGGACUGCAGUCCCUCCCCAAGCUCGUUCGAGGACUCCGCUCGGCGCCGAAUGCUCGCGGGUUCUCCACUUGGCCAGCCGACGCCCGGGAUACCUACGUGCAGAUGAUGAAAUACUACGACGUACACGGGCUCCCCGCGGGCAAUUUUGAUGACCUACCAAAGGUUUUGUCCCGACCCGGAUGCACGUACGAACAGUUUGCACGCAGAAUCGCGGUGGAACACGGGGUUGCGGUACCGUAG